AUAAGUGUGAGUGACGGUCGUCUACCAGUGACAAAACCUUAUCAUAGUAUCAUUUGCAAUGUCCUCAGUACUCCUUUUUGGUGGCAGCGGCAAGGUCGCUCGCCAUCUUACGAAACAGCUCGCCAGCUCUGGCUACACAGUCUACUCCGUCAUCCGCAAUCCUGAACAAGUAGACGAACUCAAGGGUCUUGGUGCAUCGCCGAUACUCCAAUCUAUCGAAGACUCCUCUCAGGCUGACUUUGUUGAUCUGAUCAAGAAACAUAAGCCAACUGCUGUUGUUUGGGCAGCAGGCGCUGGCGGAGGAAAUCCGGAGCGGACACAGAGUGUGGAUUACAGAGGCGCUGUAAAGACUAUGGAUGCCAUUGCUCAAGCUGCAGACGAAGCGGGAACAACAAGGAGAUAUGUCACUGUGUCUGCACUCGACGUUCGUGAUCGGGAGAGCAAGCCUGUUCCGAGCUGGUACGACGACAACGACAAGUCGAUGAGCGACAGAGUCUGGGGCGUAAUUAAGGCAUAUAUGUUGGCAAAGUACGAAGCGGAUAAAUCGUUAGUUGAAGAGAAUGGCAGACGAAAACUGGACUACACAAUUGUGAGGCCAGGUGGGUUGAGUCAAGAUCCCGCUGUCGGUGUGAUUGCUGCUGGGCAUGUCAAGCUAGGCAGGACUAUUAGCAGAGAAGAUGUCGCUGCUGUGGUCGCGGAAUGUCUCAAGAAUGAAAAGACCGUAGGACUUGCCUUCGAUGUUGCUGGCGGCGAUACGAAGAUAUCCGAAGCAGUUGCGAAGAUUGCUUCGGAUAGAGUGGAUACUUUUGAAGGGUUCCACUGAACAUAUCAUGAGAACUUCUAGUAGUAGCCAUAUGCAGGGGUACAACUCAAAUUCUUUGAUAAUUGCACCUUUCAGUCGCAGCCGAAAAGGGUAAUACGUCUUGUUAUUCACACUGAGAAUAGUUCCAAAGUGGACCCUUCGGUGUUC